AACCUUUCAAACGUGGAACGAAUACUAGUCGCCUUCUCCUCGCGUGCUCAAAGCGGAGAGCUCUGCACUGAAGCGAGCCUUCCAGAAUCUCCUGUGUCCCUCCUCGAGGCCACUACCGCUGCCGCGGUGGCGCCGUCGGCGACCCAGCCGCUGCAGGGCCUCUCCCGCCGCCGCGCUGCCUUCGCCGAACAACAGCCGAAUCCGUCGGAGGCGGGAGCGACCACCAGCCUCGCCGGCGCCCUCGCGCGCGAGCGGAUCAGGCGCCGCGGCGCGGUCCCGGAGGAGCAGGAGGCCUUGCCCUUCUGGCAGAGGACCUGGUUCCUCGCGCUGCUGCUGGCGAUGGCCGCCGCGUCGUUCGCGCUCGCGCUUCUGCUCUACCUCGGCCUCGACCUCCCCGAGGCUGCGCCGGCGCAGUCCUACGCCGUCGACCCGGGUACCGUCGUCGAGAUAACCUACGGGUCAGUGAUCAAGUUGAUGCAUGAGAGGACCAAGUUUCGGCUGCAUUCUCACGACGUGCCCUAUGGAUCUGGCAGCGGCCAGCAGUCGGUCACCAGCUUCCCCAACGUCGACGACGCCAAUAGCUACUGGAUAGUGAGACCUCAACCAGAGUCAUCUGCAAAACAAGGUGAUCCCAUAACACAAGGAACAACUAUAAGGCUUCAGCAUAUGAGAACUAGAAAGUGGCUACACAGCCACCUGCAUGCUUCCCCCAUAACUGGAAAUCUGGAGGUUAGCUGCUUUGGUGAUGAGAACGAGUCAGAUACUGGAGACUACUGGAGGCUUGAGAUUGAGGGCAGUGGGAAAACAUGGCGGCAAGACCAGAUAAUUAGGUUGCGGCAUGUUGAUACUGGUGGUUAUCUGCACAGCCAUGAUAGGAAGUACACGCGCAUUGCUGGUGGGCAGCAAGAGGUAUGCGGUGUGGGUGACAAACACCCAGACAACCUCUGGCUGGCAGCUGAGGGUGUCUACCUCCCUGUAAUUCAGCGCAAAUAGGUGUACUGCAAGAUGAGAAGUUCCAUUGCUAACAAAUUUUGUGGUGCUUUGGUUCAUUCAAAUAGACAGCUGUAAUCAUUACAAUACACGACGAACUACCUGUGUAAUUUAAUUUGUCCUGCAUUUUGAGAGCAAAAACACGUUGCAGCUGAUUAUAUUAUAUUACUACUGACGAUUCGGCUUUGUUCCCAGCA